GUGAGUUGGCAGAGCAGCAGGGCAGCCGCACACGAGAGGCCCGUGCGUACAGUAUAAUAACAGGCCACUUGGAUCUAGCAUCAACCAUAAUAACAGAGACAGCAGCCGCCUCCGCACCCAAUGUAUUUGUUAGUUAACCCUUGAACUUCAUUAAACCACGUGAUCUCUCAGGCCUCUUAAACCGGACUCGAUGAUUGGUUAUGCGUGAGAGGGCGUGUCACGCGCUCUACAUUGGUUUGGCAUAGUAAUCAGGAAGUGUAGUUGGGGAUGCCCACAAUUCAGAGGGCUCGGGGUAGAACAUGACCUCCGAGGCGAACAGGGACUGUAUCCGUGAAUGGGAAGAACUGCAGCGCCAUUACAACGACAUCCAGGAAUCCCAUCGUACAUAUAGGCUGAAGUUGGAGGAAUUAACAAAACUGCAGACACAGUGUUCCAGCGCCAUAUCUCGGCAAAAGAAGAAGCUAAAAGACCUGUCUCUAGAGCUGAAGAAAGUAAAGAGCACCCAGGAAAAUGGAGAAGAUCAAAUUAAAGACAUACAAGAAAACAUUAAUCUGCGAGAAAAGACAUUUUUUGAGAUGGAGUCUUUUCUACCCAAGAAAAAUGGAUUGUACCUAAGUCUGGUAUUGGGGAAUGUGAAUGUAACGCUCCUGAGCAAGCAGUCCAAGUUUGCUUACAAAGACGAGUAUGAGAAAUUCAAGCUGUACCUCACCAUGAUCCUCAUUGUCUUGUCAUUUAUAUGUCGAUUUAUUCUCAAUUCCAGGGUGGCAGAUGCUGUGUUUAACUUCUUACUGGUUUGGUAUUACUGCACUCUAACAAUUCGUGAAAGCAUUUUAAUUAACAAUGGCUCCAGAAUUAAAGGCUGGUGGGUCCUGAAUCAUUAUGUUUCCACCUUCCUCUCUGGUGUCAUGCUGACUUGGCCAGAUGGAUUAAUAUACCAGAUAUUCAGAAACCAAUUCCUUUCUUUCUCCAUGUACCAAAGUUUUGUACAGUUUCUGCAGUACUAUUACCAAAGUGGCUGUUUGUACAGAUUGCGAGCUCUUGGAGAGAGACAUAACAUGGAUUUGACCGUGGAGGGGUUUCAGUCCUGGAUGUGGAGGGGAUUGACAUUUCUUUUACCAUUCCUAUUCUUUGGCCAGUUCUGGCAGCUCUAUAAUGCAGUCACACUCUUCCAGCUUGCCAGGCAUCCAGAGUGUAAGGAAUGGCAGGUGAUUAUGUGUGGCCUUCCAUUCCUCGUUCACUUUAUGGGAAAUUUCUUUACCACCCUCCGGGUCGUCCACCAGAAAUUUCAGAAACAAAAUGAGGAGGAAAAGGACAAGUAAAACAGCAGGUUGCUAGGGCAGGCACCCCGCAGCCUACUGUAUAAGCAUUCUCCCCACACACUUACUACACAUUGGAAGUAUUUAUCAUGAUGAUGAAGCAGGGAAUCCCUUUUUCGUGACAGAACGGUCCAGUUAUAGGUUUGAGAGAGACCAAUAUACAAGGCCAGGAAUGUACCAUUGGUUUAGCUUUCUUUAUACAACUUCAAAUGGAUAACAGCUAAUUAACUUCAAUCUAUUUUAAAUCCCAAAAACCAUCACCACUGAUGACUCCAUUAAAACUCGAGAUUUUUUUGUCUUUUGUUUUUCGCUAUUUUUUGUUUUGCAUGCACUAAUAAGGCAUGAUCAUAUGAAACUGCACAGAGCAGAGGAUUAUGGUUACCAACUGUGAUCUUUCUGUGACCUGUAAGAAAGGAAAGCAGGACCAUGUUCCCUGGGAACUGCAUAAUGUUAUUCUUCUAUUUAGAGGAGGUUUCCAUCCACUUUUUGGCUGUCCAGCUCAUUGAACAUGGUUUAUGGUCAAUAGAUGUACUCCAUACCUUACCAUUACCUUUUACAUCUGCCGUCUUUGUGGAAGGUAUCAUGCCAUGAAUACACACUACUCUUGUACAAACCUGACCUCCAAUAAAGCACUUUCAGAAAUGA